CGGGCGCGGGGCGGGCGCCAUGAGUCAGAGGCAGGUGCUGCAAGUGUUCGAGCAGUACCAGAAAGCCCGGACCCAGUUCGUGCAGAUGGUGGCGGAGCUGGCGACCAGACCCCAGAACAUCGAGACGCUGCAGAACGCGGGUGUAAUGUCUUUGCUGAGGCCUCUUCUCUUGGAUGUGGUCCCGACAAUUCAACAGACGGCCGCUCUGGCUCUUGGGAGACUGGCUAAUUAUAAUGAUGACCUGGCAGAAGCAGUUGUGAAGGGUGACAUUCUGCCACAGCUUGUCUAUUCAUUGGCAGAACAGAAUCGUUUUUACAAGAAAGCAGCUGCCUUUGUGCUACGAGCAGUUGGUAAACACUCUCCUCAGCUAGCUCAAGCAAUAAUAGAUUGUGGAGCGCUGGAUACGCUGGUGAUAUGCUUGGAAGAUUUUGACCCUGGAGUCAAGGAGGCUGCAGCCUGGGCACUUGGAUAUAUUGCAAGACAUAAUGCAGAACUGUCACAAGCUGUGGUGGAUGCGGGAGCGGUUCCCCUUUUAGUACUCUGUAUCCAGGAGCCAGAAAUUGCUUUGAGAAGGAUUGCUGCUUCGGCCCUCAGUGAUAUUUCAAAGCAUUCUCCAGAGUUAGCGCAGACGGUGGUGGAUGCAGGAGCUACUGCUCACUUAGCCCAGAUGAUCCUGAACCCUGAUGCUAAAUUGAAGCGUCAGAUCCUUUCAGCUCUCAGUCAGAUUGCAAAACAUUCUAUAGAUCUGGCAGAAAUGGUGGUUGAAGCAGAGAUUUUUCCACUUGUACUCACCUGUCUGAAGGACAAAGAUGAAUAUGUGAAGAAAAAUGCUUCUACUUUAAUUAGAGAGAUUGCAAAACACACACCUGAGCUGUCGCAGUUGAUAGUUAACGCGGGAGGAGUUGCUGCCGUGAUUGACUGCAUUGGGUCCUGCAAGGGAAAUAUAAGGCUGCCUGGCAUCAUGAUGCUUGGUUAUGUAGCGGCUCAUUCUGCAAACCUGGCGAUGGCGGUGAUCAUUUCCAAGGGUGUGCCCCAGUUGUCAGUCUGCCUGUCGGAAGAACCAGAAGAUCACAUUAAGGCCGCUGCGGCUUGGGCCUUGGGACAGAUUGGGAAACACACUCCGGAGCAUGCACGGGCUGUCGCGGUCACAAAUACUUUGCCGGUGCUGCUUUCUCUGUACAUGUCAACAGAAAGUUCUGAGGAUCUGCAAGUAAAAAGUAAAAAAGCCAUAAAAAGUAUCCUACAAAAAUGCACCUAUUUACCAGCCCUUGAGCCAUUUCUGUAUGAUGCUCCUCCCAAUAUUUUGAAGCAUGUGAUUGGACAGUUCAGUAAGGUGCUGCCACAUGACAGCAAAGCUCGACGACUUUUUGUAACAAGUGGUGGACUUAAAAAGCUUCAAGAGAUAAAAGCAGAACCUGGAUCUCUCCUUCAAGAAUACAUCAACAUUAUUAACAACUGUUACCCAGAGGAAAUAGUAAGGUAUUAUUCCCCUGGAUAUUCAGAGACACUUCUGCAGAGGGUGGACAGUUAUCAACCACUUACUAACUAAGCAAAGUUAUACUCGAAUUCACAGCAGAGUAUUUUUGAAUAAAAGUUGUUAAAGCUCUUUUUAAAUAUUUGAACUAAGUACAUUCUAGUGUGAAAUACCUUUGGAUAAUAUUUUCUAAAUUAAUGUAAUCCUUUAAAAAUUAGUGGCUUGAAUAUAUGAGGAAUUAUUCAUGGUCAUUUGCAUAGGAUUUGCUCUAAAGGUAGAUUUAAAAAAGACAUUAAAAGGUUUAAGGCAUUUGUUAUUGUUCUAUUAAAAACCAUACACACACACCCCUCCAACUAGAUAUAGAUGAAGGAUGGUUCAAAAACUCUUAGUUAUUUUGGCCAAUUCCUCAUAGGCAUAGGCAAGGAAAACUGGCCUUGCAAAUUCCACAGUAGGAUAUAGAAGGAAACAGUUGAAAGAGGAAACUGAUGACAGAAAUACAGGACACUUGAAAGAGACUCUGAUGCUGGUCACAUAAUUCAUUAACCUACACUUGGAAUCUGUGGGUAACCUGUCAGGUUUUCCUAAAAACUUAGGAAGCUCUCCUCUUCAUCCCAAGUUUUCUAAGCUCUUUUCUCACCUUACCUAACCAAUUCUUACCUUUCAUGGGGCUGGCUAGGGUAGAGGUCAAUAUUAAGCAUUAUACCGCUGCAGAUAUGCUUUCCAUUUUCAUUGCACGUUUUCUUAGUCUAGCUCUGCUCAUGAAUAAACAAGGAAGCAGGCGUGUAAAAUGGGUCCUCAGUAUUCCCUUGUCCUAGCUUCACUUUCCCAAGUUUCAAAAGUCACAUUUUCAGAGAUUUAAGGAAUAAUUUGAAAAUAAUACCAUGAGGCGCACACCUUAUAUGCAUUUUCACUUAGAGAGGUGAAAGUGGGUGAGUGGGAGUUUCAGUAAAACUUUACAAAAAAACUGCAUUAGAAUUGUCCUUUUCAUUUUUCCUUUCUAGUGUGUUUCUGACCUUGGGAAUAUGUGAUUAGACUUAGGAGUCUUGGUUAGUUGGCAUGUGUGUCUUUUGAUCUAAAGUUACAUUACUUAGAGUGAUCUCCCUGGGGGCCUGGAGAGGACAUGAAUGAUAACCAGGGAGACUCUAGGCCACAGUGUUUCCAAUCUGGCCGGCUUUCAGGUUUCUUUCUCAGACUCUUAUUUCUUUUUUCUCAAAAGGAACCUACCCAUUUAUUUUUGGUAUUUUCUGGAUUCAUCUCUGUCAUCAUUUCCUAAUACUGCAUACUUUGUUGCAUCUUUUUAAACUUCAUCAUACCCAAGAUUGUCCCAUUUCUUUUUGACUUAUAUCAGUCUAGGAUUGCUUGCAAUUUGACUUUUUAAUACUUUCUCUGGCCUAUUUUGUUUCCUUGCAGUAAUUUCUUUGAUUCAUUGCAUAAGAAAAUGUCAUUUCUAGUCUCAGUUUUGUAGCUUUUCUUUCUCUCCUUCCUACCUGCCCAGCUUCUCUUAUGAACCCUUUAACAAUUUGAGAAAAUACAGAUAGUUUCAUCUUUCUUCAUGAAACCAUUUUUCUUUCAUGACCAUGUUGGUAAUGACAGAAACUAGUCUAUCUGGGAUAAAACCUCCCUGGAUAUUAUGGGAAUGGUCAAUUUCCUAUUAUGUAUUUCUUGCCAUUGUAUGUUGAAGUUUUUCACUUUACACGUCAUUUCAUGCUCAUCAAAUAGUAUUAAACUAAGAAAGGAAUAAAAUAUUAGUAUUUGGAUGGGUGUUAUAAUUUGAUCAUAUGCAAUUUGGAAAAUUUAUGCUAUGAAAUGUUU